AUGUCAAGUCCUGAUGGCGUCUUGAGCGCUGCAACGCGCCCCGAUCCUUUCUCUGUACCGGCAAAGCGCAAACGGACAGAAGGCGAAACCAAAGAGGAAAGUAAUGGAGUAGUUGAGAAGGCUCACGAAUCUACUACCGACUCGGCGUCGGAGAGCUUGAACACAUUCCUCGAAGACAUUCUGGAGAUUCUAAAGCAGCAAGAUACUACCCCAUCUCUUCUAAAUCAACCUUUGCCAGUAGGAGAAACCGAUGCCGCCGAAGAUCUGCCAGCAUCGAAGCGCCAGAAACUAUCGGGCACCAACGAUACCAGUACGAUAACUUCAAAAGUCCUUGCCAAAAGAUACGGUUCUGUCAGCGAAUUCGCUCGUGACAUCGACGUCGCAUCGUCUGCCAUCCUUGAGGCGCAGGAUCGUCCCAGUAACGGCGCCCAUCAGCAACAGCAAGCUACGUCCCCAAAGAGGCUGCUCAGUGCAGGCAUUCUCGCCCUCAAAAAGAAUUUCAACGCGCUGUUACUGAGGGAGAAAAUGUUAAAAUCGCCGCAUUUUGACAUAGAAUUGACAGUCCCGGGCGAGAGCUCUGGCGAGGUUACGAUCAAGGAGGAAUCCACUGGACCUCGAGAGACUCGAGAGGUUCUUACUUUGCUGGGCAACGCGCCGCAGCCAAGGCAACUCUUCUCGAGUCUCCAGACCCCCGUCUCCUCGACACGUUCGUCCCAAGGCGAAAAGGCCGAUACUUAUCCACCGCUUCGCGAGGGAGUACUUCCCAAUGGCAUUGUAACCACAAAGAUCAUUCCGCUCCAAUCCAGCGAGAUCAAUGAUGACAGGAUGCAUGUGCCGACGUUGGGUGAACUUUUCACACCACCACCCACAUUAGCGCCUCUCAAUCCCCCCCGGCGUGCAAGGAGUAUUGCUCCAGCUGGCAAUUCAAUCAGCUGGUAUAAUCCCGAGGAUGAAGAAAUCAAUGCAUCGCGUGCUCGCACGACGGGCCUCUACCCCUUUCACGACCUCGCUACCGGUCAUUCUCUGAAGUACAAUUCCUCAACUCCAGCCACGAAGCCUCUGCAGCCGGAAGGGCUUGCCAGCUCAGCAGACGCUACAGCUGAUGAGAAGAGCAAAGAGGAUGCCCUUUUUCGAAGCGUGUAUUCUGGUUUUGCACCCACCCGAGACGACUCCGCCGCUAUAGUUCCUGAGGCAACCAAAAAUAGAAUGUGGUGGCGCAAAAAAGGCGAGGACAUUUUUGGAUACGCAUUCAACGUUUUUGGGGACUCCGCCUCUGAGACGGACAGAGCUGAUUCUAGCGGAAAAGCUCAGCUUGUGUCGGAGGGAGAUAAGGCCCUGCAAGAAGCCGUCGAGUCAUUUGUUCCGGCUGAUCCACCAGGAGAUUUCAGCACAACUUCAAAAGAGGCUGACGAUUUAGCAAAGCAAACGGAUGAAAUAUUGAGUGAAAUCUCAGACCUUCUCGAAACCUUGAAUUCCUAUCAACGCAACCGGAAUCUAUCACUGGCGUCGGAUUCACGUUACGACCGUGGCAGCCAGCUCUCUGCCAUGGUUGGUAGCCCUUCGAGUCCCACUUCCGCUGAGGUGGAUGUGUACAACCUUCUUAAGUCUCAAUUAUCUGUACUAAUCGCAUCGCUUCCUCCGUAUGCGGUUGCGAAAUUGAGCGGUGAUCAAUUAGAAGCUCUUAACAUUAGCACGCGUAUUCCAGUGGAGAGUCCGUCUUAUCGCGGAGUCAUGGAAGAAGAGGAGGCUGUUGCAAGGGCCAGGGCUGCAGCAUUGAACGCCGCUGCAAGUACCCCACCUCCUGCAAGGGCUAUGAAUCCGGCCUUGGCCGCGCAACCGGCCCUUGGACCUUAUCAAACACCUCACACGAUCGCCAAUCCAUACAAACAGCGACAAAGCUACUUGGCGCAGGUGUCGACGCCCCGGCCUGGUCCGCCGACAACGCAUGUCCCGGGGCAGUACUUUGGGCCGACGCCAGCUCCGGGUCGGCCCACAUCAGCCAACGCUCAUCGGGGAAGCAUCAGUGCGCAACCUUCCUAUCAAACUCCUCGGCCGCCAUCAUCUCAGGCGCAACGUGCUCCUUACCCUCCGCAAGCCUAUACGCCUUCUAUGACCCGCAACGCUCAGACGCCCUACGCCCAGACAAAUCCGCAUCAAUAUUCACAGCAACAGAAUCAACAAGCAUAUCAAUAUAACCAACAAUUUCAGGCAACGGCUGCGCCAAUGGGCCCUGGACCUAACCGAUCCUAUCAAACCCCUGCGCAACCUCAGUACCCGCAGAGAGCAGCCCCGACAACUGGAUAUGGCUCAUCGCAGAGCCCCUAUCCUCAGGCUAAGAGUGCCUCGCCAUCCAAAACAUAUCCGCCUACGACCCCUGCACAGCCGCGCCAAUAUUAUCAACCACCUCAAGGCCAGAAUCCUCCACAGCUUGGUGCCAGUGGUUUUGCAACUUAUAUGACUGCUGAGCAGCAGGCACUGAUUUUGGAGCGUCAACGGGCUCAGCUUGCGCAACAGAAUCAGACUCUGCAGCAAAAUCGCCUGGCUUCUCAGGCCAACAUGACACGACAGACUUCGACCACGCCCCAACCGCAGACGACGCAACAAACGCCGGCUCAGCCACCCCAACAACAACAACAACAACAACAACCGGUUACGCAGUCUGCGCAGCAACCCCAAGCAAAUGCUGUGAACGGUCAACCUUCUUCACAGCCCCCAGAAGCACCUUCGACCACUGGAACUCAACCAAACGGAACGCCAGUAGGCACGAAUUAG